GAGGAGAAAAAAACCAGCCAGCGCACAUCUGGAGGAGAAAGGGGGAGGAACGGACGGGCAGAGAGCAGCAGAAGUGAUUUUAAGAAAGCGUGCGUGUUUAUGUGAUGGCCUUGGAGGUCGAGCGUCCAGCUUUACGAGCAGCAGUGACCCCCGAAUCUGAGGAAGAGGGUUAGAGACUCAUGUCAAGACUCCAGAAUGAGCGGUGAUGUCCUCUAGCUAACCUCUCACAGCAUUCAUGCCGCUCUGCGUUUCUGCAUAGCGUACCCGUGUACGUUCCAGGAAUUCGGGCGCUCAGGAGGGUGUAUGGCCGUGCGCAGGCUGGUGGUGGUGGCGGCGGCGGUGGCCCUGCUUUCUCUGGUGCUCAACAACGUGGCGACGUUCAACUCCAGCUGGGUGCUGCAGGAGCUAGAGAACGGACGGCGGCGGAGCGUGGGGCUCUGGAGAGCGUGUGCACACGAGGACACACACACUCAUGAACACACAGCCUGCCAGAGACUCAGCUGGGGAUCGGAGCUCGCGGGGUCUCAGGAGUCACGCAGCACCGUCAAACUUCAGUUUGACAUGAUGCGAGCAUGUAACCUGAUGGCUACGGUGGCUCUGACCGUGGGUCAGCUAAUCUUCCUGUUUGGGUUACUGGAGAUAACCAACAUUACCCAGGAUUCUCAGUGGUGGGAGGAAGCCAUCGCUGCCCUGUUCCAGUUAGCCAGUUUCGUGCUGGUGAUCGGUCUGGUGACCUUCUACAGGAUCGGCCCCAAUACUUACCUGUCCUACGACUGCUACAUUAACAUCGCCGCUUGCUUGUUUGCCACACUAGCGGCCGCCAUGCUCAUCUGGAAUAUCCUGCAUCGGCGUGAUGACUCCAUGUCUCCGUCGGUCAUCCUCAUCAGCCGAUCUCUGACCACACCCUUCAGGCCACGUCUAGACAAUGACUACGUAGAGUCACCCUGCUGACACACACAGACACAUCUCACCUGAGACAAAACACAAAUACACCUGGAGGGGAGUUCUGUCAUUUUAAGUCAAACCGAUCUCCUGGAAUGAUGAGGGCAGUGAUCAUGUGACUGCAAAAAGUGGAUUCGGACUAAAUGGAAGACUUUUGAAACGCAUUUAAACACAGAAGCAGCACCGUGGAUUGCCAUGAAUCCAACAGACAGAUAAAGAUCAAGCUGGAUCUUGACACGUUUAUGUUCAUAAUGAGAAAGUAGAAGCACAUUUGCAUGCACAAAUAUCUGUUGUAGUUCUAUGAAACAUGGAGUUUCAGAUUUUAUAUUUGAAUAUUGCUCCCAGGUCAACUGAAUACAGUCCUUUACAGACCGGCAUGGAAUCUGCACAUGAAUACAUUCUCUGCUAAUUGAAGAUUUUCAUAUAACUAUGUUCAAUCAUUUGUGUGUGUGUUUUGAAUAAACAUAUCUAGUUUUGCAUAAAUAAAUCUAUUUAGUUUUAAAUCUAAAACUAAAUCUAUUUUUAGAAACAUUGCAGUAUUUUGCAUUAUGACAUAUUUAUUACAAAUAAGCACAUUUCCCCCCAUAUUCUCAAUGUCUAAAUGCUUUACUUUUGAGCGUUUUUAUUUUAUUACAACCAUAAAUUAAAGCAGAACAACAAAUAUAUAAAAUAAAACCGUGAAAUAAUGUCAUGAGAACUCAAGUAUGCACAAUUGAAAACAUGCUUGAUUGCUACGUUUCAAGCAAAAUGUAAUUUCUUUUUUUUUUUUUACAUUUGUCAAAUUACUCCAAUUUAUUUCAUCUACCAAUUUAAGAGGGAAUGAAA